AUGUUUUCUUUCUUUCGUUUCGAACGUUUCUUUAUCUUCCCUCAUCUUUCUUUCCAGUAUGCUUUUCUUUUUUUCAAAUCAUUUAAUUUCCUAUUGUCUGUUCAUCAUUAUAGCCUUCCUUUCCUUAUUUUUCUUGUUUCUUUUGAUUUCUUUUUUCACUUAUUUAGUUCUUUCUUUCUACAUUUGUACAUUCAUUUAAUUCUUUCUUUCCUUCUUUCUUCAUUUCUUAAUCAUCCUUUUAGGUUCUCCCAUAUCGAUUUCCACUUUUCAAGUUCCCUCCUUCUUUUUGUUUCUCAUCUUUCUUUUAUUAUUGUUAAUUCUUCUUUCUUUAUUCCUUUUUUUCUUUCUUUAUUACUUUCUUUCUUGCUUUCUUUCGUAUUUUUUUUAUAUACAUUAGUUAUCGUUAUGUUUCAUUUUAAUUUAUACCUGUACUCGUCUUCAUUCUUUCUUUUGUUUUUCCUUUUCUUUCUUUUUCUUUGUUAA